CUUUUGUAUGUUUUGCUUUCGAGCAAUGUAGCAAUGAGCAUUAAACUAGAUCUAUUGUGAUUAUAAACGUUUAAAAGACACAACUAUUAAACUUAAUAUAAGCUGAUAGGCUCAUAAAAAAGCCAUAGCAAGCAAUAACCACAUUUUUUUUUGGUCUAGCUUACCGAGAUAUAAAGCGAAGUGUCCCCCCGAAAAUGGUAUGCCGUAAAUGUGGGGGCACUAUAAAUACGGGAGGAACUUCUUCAAUUUUGAAUACGUUUUAAUUGAGCCUUGCACAAACCAUUAGCGAUAAAGGCGAUAAUAAUGACUAAAUUGGCAACUUCAGUAGUAUUUAAAUUAAAUAACGGGAAAACAAUUCCAGCUUUAGGUCUUGGGACUGUUCCUUCAGGAGAUCCAAAACAUGUCAAAGAUCAAGUUAUUACAGCAGUUAAAGCGGGUUAUCGACACAUAGAUACUGCAUGGUACUAUGGUACAGAAGAAUAUAUCGGUGAAGCCUUGAAAGAAUUGUUUGAUGAAGGUGUUGUUAAGAGAGAAGAUAUUUUUGUUACCACAAAAGUCUGGCCAUCAUUUUGGCACAAUCCGGCUAAAUCAGUUGAUAUUUCAUUAGAAAGAUUGGGCUUGGAUUAUGUUGAUUUGGUUUUACAACAUUGGCCAAUUGCACUUCACGGUGAUGAAAAUGGUGAACCUCCUGCCCCAAAGGAUAAGGAUGGAAACUUAAUUUACGAAGACGAUCCAAUUACUGGUGAAAAAUAUAUACAAUCUUAUAAUAAGCUUGAAGAUCUCGUUGAAACUUCAAAGACUAAAUCAAUUGGUAUUUCUAAUUACUCCAUUCCAAAGUAUAAAAGAUUGCUUCCUCAUAUAAAGAAGCAUAAGCCAGUUCUCAAUCAGAUAGAAUAUCAUCCUCAUUUACCUCAAAGGGAACUCGUUGAAUAUUUCCAACAUCAAGGUAUUCUUAUAUCCGCAUAUUCUCCAGUGGGUAGCAAUGGUGCACCAGUGAUAAAGAUACCAUUGGUUCAAGAAUUAGCUAAAAAGUAUGACGUAACUCCAAAUGAAAUCUUGAGUGCUUACCAUAUUUUAGAGGGAAGAAUUGUUUUACCAAGAUCGUCUAAUUUAGAAAGAAUUAAAACUAUUGUUCGUUUGCCUGAAUUAAGUAAAACUGAAUUAGAAGAACUCUACCAAAUCGGAGUGAAAGAUCCACAGAGAUAUAUUAACGAUCCUUGGGGUUAUGGUUUAGGUUUCAGAUGGUGGAAGGGUGACACCUUGACUAAAGUAUUUGAUUAAAUAUUUUGAUAACGCUAACCCAAUUUUUAGUUUAUUCGAAUAAAUU